AUGUCGCAUUUACAAGGACUGUCCUUAAGACGAUGCUUCUCGGUGCUUCUUCGACGGCACAGGUCUCAAGGACCUUCCAGCUUCUGGUCCAGAGGAAAUGCAUGGCAGGCUCCAAAGGUGAACUGUUAUUUGCUUCUGGGUGUUCCCGAGACGGCCAGUUUAGAUGACAUACGGAAAGCUUACUUGCAGCGUGCAAAAUCCGCACAUCCAGACGUUGUGGGCUCCUGCUCCAAUGACAUGGUGCAGUUAAAUCUUUGCUACGAAGCUCUCACCCAGAAACGGCGAGAGUAUGAUGCGGCCAAGGGAAUAGGCUUUGCGACAGGUCGGAAAGCUUCGGCUUCGGCUUCCAGCGGAAGCUCCGCAACGAACGCUCGAGAUGCCUGGUGGCGUGCCCAGGGUGGUUUCGACGAUCAGGAUGAUGAGGAGUUUUAUCCCUUCCACUUCCAAGAUUUUGCAGAAAAGAAGUGGCGCGUCAGACGAGAGAAUGGAAGGCGACGGCCCACUUGGGAAGAAUUUGCACAGAUGUGGGAUGAAGGUGAAUUCGAUGCUCGAGCUCGAGGGUCGCGGAGAAUGCGUGGGCGCCGAGCGUCCAGGAGAGUGCAAGACUCGAGCAGUGAUGAGGAGGAGUUUGAGACUAGGCAUUUGGCCGACAGGAGGAGAGUCCAGCAGAGCUGUGGGUGUGUGACUGUCGAGGUUCCGCAGCGCGGGCGCAACAUGCGCAGCCCUAAGUGCUCGGUGCCUGGUAGGCGCUCCUCGGACAUCAUUGGCGGAGGGUACUUGAAGCUCGACACUUCCUUCAAUGGGCGACCGGCUUUCAAAAAGAAGGGUGAUCACGGUCUCUACAUGUUUUGGAGCCAGCAGUUCGGCGAUUGGAAGAUCGCCGAGCGGCUUCAGGAUGAUGGUGCCUGUCUCGGCUUCGCAGAAGACAUGCGAGGUCGACGCAGGCCUUGGUUGCAGCACCCUCCGCUGCGGUGGCGCCUCUGGGAACCAACUGCACGCAGAUUCGUGCCCAAAAGACUCAAUGUGGUUGAUGGACCCGAAGUUGCAGGAGCGGCGUGGCAGGAAUCGCAGGAGGACUCAGAUGACGAUGAGGUGCCAUGGUCGCGGCCACACUGGUCGAAAUGGUCCACGGCCGAUCUAAUUCGCUGGUGCGACCGACGCAACAUCGACCUCAGCGGUUGUUUUGAUCGGGAGGCCGUGGUGGACCGUGUGGCGACCGUUGCGAAGCAGGACAUGGCACGAGAUGGCGAUGACUUUGAAAGGACGACAGACCGUGUCAACCAAGUUCGUGUUGCAUCGAGAGUGAAGACGGAUGGCUCCUACACAAAGCCACCAACACUUGACCGCCGCAGUUCACUGUACGGCCGGGCGGCCCGGUACUUGACCGUACAUAUCCGAAAACUGCUGAAUCUUGCGACUUCCUGCACAUGUCGGCACCGUUCGUUCUAUCGAAGUCUAAGAAGUCACCAAUCGUGGUCUAGAGUCUAG